UUUGAAGCGGUGAAAAUGAAUUUUUUCAAUUCUUUAGAUCGCGAACAAUUGAUUUAUACACCUUUUUAUUGCGAAGAGAAUAUUUGGAAAUUAUGUGAGCAUAUUCAACAAAAAGAACCCGGAUUGUUGAAGAAUUGCUUUGUGGUUUUCAUAUCAAACGAUAUCGAACAAGUAUUAUUAUGGGCUCAGAAAAUUGGAAAUCCUAAUCAUAAUUAUCACGUAAUAUGGGAUUAUCAUGUAAUUUUAAUUUACAAUAACACUGAUAACGAUGAUGAUGAUUCUACCAUUGUUUUCGACUAUGAUACUAUUUUGCCAUUUCCAUGUUCAUUCGAUGAUUAUCAAAAAAAUGUACUUCGACGCUAUGAUUAUAUAAAUCGUAAAUAUGAUUGUAAAUUUCGAGUCAUAAUGGCUGAAGAAUAUUUGCGAACAUUUUCAUCGGAUCGAUCUCGAAUGAAAGAUUCGAAUGGACAAUUCAUUCAACCACCUCCUGAUUAUCCUUGCAUACAAACAUCAACAGAAUCGAACAAUCUUAAUGGUUUUAUAUCGAUGGAAAUGCAAACAUUCUCUAUAGGACAAGUGAUGGAUUUAAAUCAAUUACUAAAUAAAUUCUCUAGAUGAUUUAUUAUUUGCUUUAGAAAAAAAAAUAAUUCAUCCGGAGUUACUGUCGCAACGGAAGCAAAAACACUUUAUGAAGAAGUGAAAAAAGAUAAAAAAUAUCGUUACAUCAUCUAUCACAUCAAAGAUGAACGUGUUAUUGAAGUUGAAACUACGGGUCCUCGUGAUGCUACCUACAGUGAUUUUGUAGCAAAAUUGCAAGACUAUAAAAAUGAAUGCCGUUAUUGUGUGUUUGAUUUUCCGGCCAACAUUCCGGUCGAAGGUGGUGGAGAAAAAAGUAACAUGAGUGUCGAUCGUUUGGUACUUAUGACCUGGUGUCCGGAAAGUGCUAAAAUAAAGCAGAAAAUGCUUUACUCAAGCAGUUAUGAUGCAUUGAAAAAAGCUCUUGUCGGUGUUUAUAAAUAUGUUCAAGCUUGCGAUUAUGAAGAAGCAUCCGAAGAAGCUAUUGCUGAAGCUUUUCGUAAAGGUGGCAAAUAGAGAUGAAGACACGAUUGCAAAAAAUAAUUCAUCUUAAUUCUCCCAUAAAAUUUAAAUCUUUUUCUCAGCCACAACCAUCCAACAGCCAACGACGAUUGUGAGAAGCCGUUGUGAUUU